GUGAAGGAGAAUCUGCUGUCCUGCAAGAUGCUGCUGCACUGCAAGCGGGACGAGCUGCGCAAGCUCUGGAUCGAGGGCAUCGAGCACAAGCACGUCCUCAACCUGCUGGAUGAGAUUGAGAACAUCAAGCAGGUCCCUCAGAAGCUGGAGCAGUGCAUGGCCAGCAAGCGCUACCUCAACGCCACGGACAUGCUGGUGUCAGCAGUGGACUCCUUGGAGGGUCCCCUCCUGCAGGUGGAGGGUCUGAGUGACCUGAGGCUGGAGCUGCACAGUAAGAAGAUGAACAUGCACCUGGUCCUGAUCGACGAGCUGCACCGUCACCUUUACAUCAAGUCCACAAACCGAGUAGGACAACGCAGCAAGGAGAAAGGGAGGAUCAGUUCACUUGUGAAAGAUGCUUCUCCUGUUCCUCUUAUGGAUGUUACUAACUUGUCUACACCUCGAAAGUUCCUUGAGACUUCCCAGUUCAGUACUCCUGGGAGCUCCAGCAUGCGAGAAACAAGCCUUCUGGAGAUCAAAGAAGAUACAGACCUGGAUCCAGAGGAGAACAGCACUGUCUUCAUGGGCAUACUCAUCAAAGGGCUGGCCAAGCUGAAAAAAAUCCCCGAAACGGUGAAAGCCAUCCAGGAUCGCUUGGAGCAAGAGCUCAAGCAGAUUGUUAAGAGGUCCACAACCCAGGUGGCAGACAAUGGUUACCAGAGAGGGGAGAAUCUUUCCCAGGAAAAUCAGCCUAGGUAA